AUGGCGUCGGCGGGCACAGAACGAGUGGUGGGAGUGGGAGAGGGCGUGGGAGAGAGCGCGGUAAGGCUGCGGAAGAGCAAAAUAGGUAAGUCCACCAAGGCGGCGGAAAGCAACGAUCGUCACCGGGCUGGCUGGCCUCUCGGAGCGAGCAGUUCGCAUCAAAACCCCCCCCCCCUAGCAUUUGGUGCCGAAGCUUGGCUCUGGAAUGCUUUGCUGAACGGAACUGCACUGAGCUGGUCUAACGCACACACACACAAGCCACCCUCGGCCAGGACUGCGACCACCAUCUCGCCCAUCACCACCACUACCGCCCCCAGCAGCUCCUCGACGUCGACACGGCACCGAGCGAGCCCUCACCAGCCUCACCACCGCCACACGCCCGGCCGCCCC